CUUUUGAAGAGGAAUAUAUAACUUGAAGGCCGUUGCGGCAUUUCAAGUUUGUUGUGAGGGUCGGUUAUCAAUUAAUUAAAGAGGUGCCUACAAUUAUGUCAAAUAAUUUGACCUAUCAAGCUUCACAUAUUACUCAUGAUCAACGUGUUUCUCUCUGUAAAAGAAGCUGGCUUCGUGGCUGUACAGUUUGGUUCACAGGUUUAAGUGGAGCGGGUAAAACUACUCUAGCCUUUGCACUAGAAAGUUAUCUAGUUAAACAAGGCAUAUCAGCUUAUGUACUGGACGGGGAUAAUAUUCGUUCAGGAUUGAAUAAAAAUCUGGGAUUCAGUGAUGCAGAUCGUGUGGAGAAUAUUCGACGUGUCAGUGAAGUGGCUAAAUUAUUCGCUGAUGCCAAUAAUAUCUGUUUAACUAGUUUUAUUAGUCCAUUUGCAAGUGAUCGGGAAGCAGCUCGCCAGUUACAUCUACAAAACAAAUUGCCAUUUUUUGAAGUUUUCCUUGCAACUCCAUUAGAAGUGUGUGAAAAGCGAGAUGUAAAAGGCUUGUAUAAACGAGCACGUGCUGGUGAAAUAAAGAAUUUUACUGGUGUUUCAGCCGUGUAUGAAAAUCCAAACAAUCCUGAUUUAGUGCUAAACACUGAAUUGUAUUCAGUUCACGAAUGUGUAUCGAAAUGCGUUGAAAUGUUGGUGAAAGGUGGAAUAAUACCUAACAAUUCUGAAGUGAAUCCAUUCGGUGGUCCAAUGCCUAAAGAAUUAUUUGUAAAUAAUGCUGAAGAAGUUAAAAGGCUUAAAGAUGAAUGCUGUAGUAUACCUCACAUCAACAUAACAGAAUUAGACUUACAAUGGAUACAAACAUUGGCUGAAGGUUGGGCAACUCCACUGAAAGGUUUUAUGCGUGAAGAAGAAUACUUACAAGUACUUUAUUUUGGCCAGCUACAAGUGAAAGAGGGUCAGGUUGCUACAAAUUUUUCAAUUCCAAUUGUGUUGGCUAUAUCAACUGAAGAUAAGGAGAAAUGUCAGGGAAAUGGUUCAUCAAUUGCUUUAGUAUAUAAAAAUAAUGUAGUAGCAGUGUUACAAGAUUGUGAAUUCUUUCCACAUCGUAAGGAAGAACGAUGUUGUCAUAUAUUUGGAACUAGUCAUUCAAAUCAUCCAAGUAUAAAAAUAAUUCAAUCAUCUGGUGAUUGGUUAGUUGGCGGUGACUUGAAAGUAUUUGAACGGAUCAGAUGGAAUGAUGGUUUAGAUCAGUAUCGUUUAACACCGUGUGAACUGCAUUCAAAAUUGUUACAAAUGAAAGCUGAUUGUGUCUUUGCCUUUCAAUUGAGAAAUCCUGUACACAAUGGUCAUGCAUUAUUAAUGACACAAACUAGACAACAAUUAUUAGAAAAAUAUGGUUAUCAUAAUCCAGUCCUAUUAUUACAUCCUCUUGGUGGUUGGACAAAACUGGAUGAUGUACCACUCAAUGUACGUAUAGCACAACAUGAAGCCUGUCUAGAUGAAGGUGUUCUUGAUCGACAGACAACUUUAUUGGCAAUAUUCCCAUCACCAAUGCUGUAUGCUGGACCACGUGAAGUUCAAUGGCAUGCUCGUACACGAUUGUUAGCUGGUGCACAGUUUUAUAUAGUUGGAAGAGAUCCAGCCGGUUUACCUCAUCCUGAUGGAUCAGGUAUUGAUUUAUAUGAUCCAACACAUGGGGCCAAGGUAUUAUCAAUGGCACCAGGACUAUCCGGUUUAAAGAUUAUUCCAUUUCGUGUUGCAGCCUAUGACAAGUCAAUUGGCAAGAUGACAUUUUUCGAUGCAAAACGCGCUAGCGAUUUCAUUUUCAUAUCUGGUACUAAAAUGCGAACAUUAGCUCGGGAUGGAUUAAAUCCACCGGAUGGAUUUAUGGCGCCUAGUGCAUGGAAAGUGUUAGCUGAUUAUUAUCGUCAAUUAAAUAAAUAAAUAAAUAAAAGUACUACUGAAAUAGUACUAUUAUUACUAUUAGUAGUAGUAGUAGUACUAGUGGUGAUACUAACAAUAGAAGUGAUAAUAACCUUUCAUCCUGCGUCUUCCUUCCUCUUGGAUGUAUGUGGACGUGUGCGCGCGCUCGUGCGUGUCUGUGAUCCCUCUCAGGCUCCUCAACUGUUGAUCGUGGUGGUGGUGGUGUGCUUGUUAUUGCUAUUUUUUAUUUUUCAACACUAAUUAUUUUCACUACUUUAUACCUUUUGUGUACUUCUAUCAUGUUAGCCAAAAUAUCUCAAGUCUUUGAAUUUAAUCCUUUUGUGUGUAUUUGAGAAGAAGAAUCUCCUCCAACCCCAACCUUAUAAUCUAUUUGUAUUUUUUUCAUUUUUAACUUACUUCAAAAGGAAAACGAUUGUUAAUUAUGAUUACUAAAAUUUUGCCAAUGCAAGUGGUGCAAUAUACACACUAAUCAUGAUUAAUGUAUGUGUGCCUAGCAGCUUGAUUAAUUAAUUAUUGAUCACAUGGUGUCUUGGUUGAUUGGAUGCAAGAGUUCAUCAUGAGCUGACAUCAGUAGUUAGAGAACCAUUGGAAAACCUGCAGGGAGUACUGGAUAGCCAGCUAGCUGUUCCGUCAGCUUAGUUUGACGCUCUUCAGCAGCACGUGCCCACUCCGCUGCCAGGUUCGAGCCGAGGACCUUUCGGGUUGCAAGGCAAGCUCGUAGGUGGUUUCCAGUGGUUCUCUGUCUGAUGUCAGCUCAUGAUGAACUCCUCCAUCUUAUAUACAUAUAUAUAUAUAGUGCCUCCUAUAUUUAUCUGACAGACAGAUCAUCUUUUCUUGUGUAUGUGAUACCUCUCUCUGUUUUUUCUACUGAUUUGUAAUUAUUUCAUUAUUUAUUUGUUAAUAUUUUUUACAUUUCUUCCGUGUGCUUGUGUGUGUGUAUGUAUCGAUGAUCACUACUCACAUAUCAUGAGUAGUAUUGAAUUCUUUAUAUGCAUAUGUUGACAUACACUAUUUGGUUAUUUUUGGUUAUUUUCUAUAUAUAUAUAAAAUGAAUAUGAACUCAUAAGUUGUGUCUUAAUUGGAAAACACAUUCCUGACUAUCUUUUCUACUGUUUUUUAUAAGCGUUACUCUAAUUUCUCAUCAGCAUGAUCAUCAUUUUUGCUACAAAAUGUGUGUAAAGUUUGUAUUCCAGUUGUGAUUUUAUUUAUUUAUUUAUUUUUUUCUUCUUUUGACUUUCUAUUAAUUAUGUGACUUUGUUUUCUGCUUUGAAUACAAACUAUACACGUAGUAAAAA